CAUCGAAUCAAUUAUGAGACUUGCACUGGAAAAAAUUGUAUGAAAUUAUAAUCUUCGAACUGGUAUUCCCAUGCUCUAUUCCUGGAAAUACCAGUCAUUGUUAUGAUUAUUUUAGUCCAUGAUCUUGUUAUAUUUGCAAAGGGUUAUCAUGUAGUAGAUCUGUAAACAGUAUGCUGAUCGAAGUAAACUGAUGGUUGUUUUUUUAAGUAGUUAACCUUUAAUACUGAGACUGAGGAUUUUGUUAUUUUUCGCAAGGCUUUUGGGAAGACAAAAAAUAAAUAAAAAAAAUCUUUCUUGCUUGGAUAUAGUAGAGCCAAAAUUGCCGGGUGCCUUCACAUGACUGUCCAAACAGCAGUGCUAAUUGAAACACUUAUUGAACUGGGGGCAGAGAUCCAAUGGUCAAGCUGCAACAUCUUUAGUACCCAAGACCAUGCUGCAGCUGCUCUAGCAAAGAAAGGCCUUGCCAUUUAUGCAUGGAAAGGAGAAACAGAUGAAGAGUACCUUUGGUGCAUAGAACAGACACUCAUUUUUUCAGAUGGGAAACCAUUUAACAUGAUCCUCGAUGAUGGGGGGACCUGACCAAUCUAGUACAUACUAAAUAUCCUCAGUACUUAAAAGAUUGUAGAGGAAUAAGUGAAGAAACAACCACAGGAGUAAAAAACCUCUACAAAAUGUUCAAAGAAGGUAAACUGAAAGUACCAGCCAUAAAUGUCAACGACUCUGUAACAAAAAGUAAAUUUGAUAAUCUGUAUGGGUGCCGAGAAUCUCUCAUUGAUGGAAUUAAAAGAGCAACAGACAUCAUGUUGGCUGGAAAAGUGUGUGUAGUUGCAGGAUAUGGCGAUGUCGGCAAAGGUUGUGCACAGUCACUAAGAGCAUUUGGUGGAGAGAGUUAUCGUUACUGAAAUAGACCCAAUAAAUGCUCUACAAGCGGCAAUGGAAGGUUAUGAAGUAACAACGAUAGAUGAUGCUUGCAAAAUUGGCCAGAUAUAUGUGACAACAACAGGAUGUAAAGACAUUAUCUUGGGACAUCACAUGUUGCAGAUGCCAGAAGACGCAAUAAUAUGCAAUAUAGGCCACUUCGACGUCGAGAUCGACGUGGAUUGGCUUGAAAAGAACUGCAAGGAGAAGAUCAACAUCAAACCCCAAGUGGAUAGGUAUCUCUUGGAAACCGGAAGACACGUGAUUGUGCUGGCUGAAGGCCGAUUGGUCAAUCUCGGCUGUGCCACGGGCCAUUCGUCAUUCGUCAUGUCAACCUCAUUCACCAAUCAGGUGCUGGCACAGAUCGAGCUGUGGACGAAGCCCGGGGAUUACCCCAUUGGAGUCUACAUGUUGCCGAAGACGUUGGAUGAGGAAGUAGCGAGGUUGCAUUUGCCUCAUUUGGGAGUUAAACUGACCAAGUUGACUCCCACGCAAGCGUCGUACAUUGGAGUACCGGUUGAAGGACCUUUCAAGCCGGAUUAUUAUAGGUACUAAGUGGAAAAUGUGUCAGAAUAAGUGAUGUUAAAAGCCAAAGUGGAUUCGUACUUCAAAUAAAAUGCUUUUGUUUUAAUA